AUGGUUAUCACAGGGCACUUUAUUGAUCAUAAUUGGAGAUUACAAAAACAUGUCUUGAGUUUUGUACAUAUUCCUCCUCCUCGUACCGGACUUGAUAUUGCUGAUGGUAUUUAUAAAUGUUUGAAGCAUUGGGAAAUUGAGGACAAGAUAUUCACGAUAUCUAUAGACAAUGCUGCAUAUAAUGAUAGGGCGUUGAGAAGACUGAAAGAAAUUUUUUCUAGAGUGAGAAAACUCACGUGUGGUCGGAGGUUGUUUCAUGUUAGAUGUUGUGCACAUGUUUUGAAUCUUCUUGUGAAAGAUGGUCUUGCUAUGAUUGAUUCUGUUAUCAGGGAAGUUCGUGAGGGUAUCAAAUAUAUUAACAAUUCUGAGGCGAGACUUCAAACAUUUUCAAAUAUUGCACAUCAACUACAAAUACAAGAUAGAAAGUUGUUGCUUGAUGUUCCAACACGAUGGAAUUCAACCUAUGAUAUGUUGUCGGUUGCAUUAAAAUUUAAAGAUGUUUUCCCAAGAUUUGUGGAGUACGAGCCACAUUUCCAUCACCUGCCUAAUGAUGAGGAGUGGGUGCAUGUGGAGAGUGUAUGCACAAAUGUCAUUUCUGGAAGUGAUUAUCCAACAUCCAAUCUGUAUUUGAUUGAGGUGUUUAUAGUAAAAGAAACUUUGGAUAAAGGUGCUCUAUCAAAAAAUGAUUUUAUUAAGACUAUGGUGACUAAGAUGAAGGAGAAGUUUGACAAAUAUUGGGGGGAGUGCCAUCUUGUCAUGGCUAUAGCUUCAGUGUUAGAUCCAAGAUUUAAAAUGAAGUUAGUAGAAUUUAGUUUCCCAACCAUAUACUCCAAUGCUGAAAAGAACAUUGAAGAAGUGAAGAAAGCACUUUAUGAAAUGUAUGAAGAGUAUUUGGAAGUACAUGAUGCAUCAGUCCGAGAAGCUGCAACGCCUGCAAAUGGAUGUGGAGGAAAGGAAGUGUCAAAAACAUCACUCGGGUCCGGAUGGGAGGCUUUUGGGGAGUUUAUAAAAAAUACAGAUUUGGAGAGACCAGAAAAGUCAGAAUUAGAUAUGUAUUUGGAAGAAGGUGUUUAUAGGGACCCGAGACAAAAAGGAAUGGAUUCAUUCAAGGCUUUGGAGUGGUGGAAUGUUCAUAAAUUGAAGUACCGUGUUUUAUCAAAGAUGGCUAUGGAUGUGCUUGCGAUCCCGAUUUCUACAAUUGCAUCUGAGGCAACUUUUAGUGCUGGGGGUAGAGUAAUUGAUCCAUACCGAUCUUCAUUGGCACCAGACACUGUUGAAAAGUUGAUUUGUGGCGGAGAUUGGAUUAGACAUCGUUAUGGAAUCAAGAAAAAAUUAAAGAAGGAGGAAAUGCCCAUUGAGGUUUUAUUACCUACAGGGACAAAUUUUGCUGGAUUGAAUUUGCUUUAA